AGUGUGAGUCAGUGCGCUGCUGCUGCUCAACACCGAGGCUGCGGACACUUUGGCGUCUCUGCGCAGGUCACCAACUCCUUUACAACAAGUCUUCUGGAUCUACAACUGCGACGAGAACACCCGAAACCCUCCCGAACCCUCCCGCGGACGUGCCCUCCACCUGAUGUGAAAGAGCAAAAGAGCGGGAAAGCGGCGCAGAUCAAACCGAAGCGAAAUGGGAGCGUUCCGCGUGCUGCUGGGGAGUUUACAUUACAUGGGACUGUGCGUGCAACUUAGUGUGUGCACGAGGCAAGCUGGACACGGCGAGAUCGAGAACCACAUCUCCGGGAACGCCAUGUUCACAGAGGUGCCUCAUGACAUGACAGCUCAGCGUGGGCAGGACGUGGAGAUGGCAUGCUCCUUCAGGGGUGCGGGCAUGCCCUCCUACUCUCUGGAAAUCCAGUGGUGGUACAUCCGCAACCACAUGGACUGGACCGAUCAGCAGCCCUGGACUACCAACGAGGUGUCCCCAGAUGAGGAGAUGCCAAAAGAUGCUACAAAGAUAAGUGUGGUGAAGGUUGUCGGCAGCAACAUCUCCCACAAACUGCGCCUGUCCCGGGUCAAGCAGUCUGACGAGGGCACGUACGAAUGCCGUGUAAUCGACUUCAGUGACGUGGGAGGGGCUCGCCACCACCGCGUACGUGCACACCUGCAGGUUGUCCCGGAAACCGAUGUCAACGAUAAUGCUAACGACGACCAUAACGGCAACUUUGAACCGUUGGACGACACCAAGAAAGCCAUUGUCGCUACCAGGGGGGCAGAGCAUCACGCCAAAGACCACGCUCACCACCAGAAUCACAGCAAGAGGCCUAGUAAUAACCCCGCCCCUCACCAUGGCCACUCACACAAGGCCAAAGAGCUGAAGAGGAGGGACAGUAGCAAUGACUGCGCCGAUGAGGCUAGCUGUGCUCUGUAGACGGCUGCUUAUCCCACCACAGUGAUGUAUUACACAAGGAUUGCAUAACAUGAAGCGUGUCAAGGCAUAAAAAGCUCCUCUUCCCCCCACGCUGUUCCAUGUCGAGCGGUGGAGGUGGAAGAAACCAGCUUUUUUUCUGUCCUGUCCAGGUCGCGUGUGCAACUGCCCACUGUCUGUCAGGCCUUGCUUCACUCAAAACAGAAGCUGCGUGUAGAUAUAGGCAGCUCCACCAUUCUCUGGUCCUCGCGCCAACAAAGACUAUGAUUACCCACAAUGCUCUGCCCCGCUCUCAUACUUCUCACAGUGUGUAAAUGAUAACCUGCUCUUACACUCAUUCUUCUUUCACUGCCUUACUCUGUCAUCGAGCUCACUCUAUGUAUGACAGGUUUUUGUAACUGCAGGAGCACUUUGCUUUCAUUUUGCAGGAGUUGUACUAUUAUGUGAAAUGUUAUUGUCCAUUUCUAGAAUGUGCUUAUCUCUAACUAUCAACUUGUCAUUUUUUUGGCCUUGGUAUUACAGUAUUUUUUGUCAUGAAUGUUUUCAAAAGUUCUCAGUUGAAAAAUGAUCAGAUUAAUAAAACAUGAACUAUACAAAGGACUUCUUAUUUCAUAGUUUAACAUUCAAAUAUAUGACUGUAGUGAUUCUUUGUUUGUAUAUUCCAUACUUGUUUUUGGCUAACCCUUUAUAACAUACAUUAAAAAGGGAGCCUAACUUUAACCAUGACGCAGGAUUACUGCUUCAGCUCAUGACCUAAUAUUACAACAGAAAUAUGACAUGGAAGAAUUUCUGG